AGCAACCAUCCAAACAACAAACGAAACACAGGCCAAUGCCCACACCACACCCAAUUCUUAACGUUACCGAACAAGUGUGAGUGUGACCCUUCGCCUAAGCUAAGCUAACCCUUCCCAUAUUUCAUUACUUAUCUCCCCCUCUAGAAUUUCCCACUUCACUUCACUUCCACCUAUCAUUCCAAGAUUUUCAAAAUAAAUAAACACCAAAAUGCCCGUCGCCACUAAGCUUCGCUCUUACGCUAAACCCGCUUCUGAACCGCGAGCCAUUUUGAAACCCGCCGGAAACAGAGUCGCUGUUUCUGAAGAGCCGAAACGCGAGAAGGAGAACAUGAAGAAUCCGCAGCGCACGAGAAAAGAGGCACCGCAAAUUCCUGACUCCGUUGUGCAAAGUAACGUGUCUUUAGACAGCACUUGUUCCUUGGAUUCGUCUGGCAAAAAGGUAAACUCCGGAACUGCAAGUAGGAGAAGCGUGAAGCGUAACGGGUUUAAGCCCGUAAGGGUUGUGCCCGAUGCCAUGGAUGUAGCUACCUUGAACACGCCUUUCAAGACCACGGCACCGCCCAAGAGAUGCGAAUGGAUCACUCCAAAUUCUGACCCUCUCUAUAUUGCUUUCCACGAUGAAGAGUGGGGUGUUCCAGUUGACGAUGAUAGAAAGUUAUUUGAGCUUCUAGUCUUUUCACAAGCAUUAGCAGAACACAGUUGGCCAGCAAUUCUUAAACAGAGAGAUAUUUUCAGGAAGCUUUUUGAAAAUUUUGAACCAUCAUCACUUGCACAGUUUACUGAAAAGAAGUUGCUAACACUGAAAAUAAAAGGCAACUCAUUGUUGUCAGAACCAAAGCUCCGUGCCAUUGUGGAAAAUGCUAAACAACUACUCAAGAUCAAGCAGGAGUUCGGUUCAUUCAGCAAUUACUGCUGGAGAUUUGUUAACCGGAAACCAAUAAGAAAUGAAUUUAGAUACGGACGUCAAGUACCUGUGAAGACCCCAAAAGCGGAACUCAUUAGCAAGGACAUGAUGCGCAGAGGAUUCCAAUGUGUGGGACCGACUGUAGUUUAUUCGUUCAUGCAGGUAGCAGGGCUCGUUAAUGACCACCUAUUAACAUGCUACAGGUACCAGGAAUGCAAUGUGACAACCAAAAACGAAUUGAAAACUGAGAUUAAUGAUGAGAAGGUACAAAAUGAAACCACGGAGUUGACACAAAUUCAAUUACUGAAGGUCGUUUAAUUGGAGAAGACGUUCCAAGACGUGGGGUCGAUAGUGUUACUUUUCUUAUUAUUGUAUGCUAUGUAAUUUUAUUUCAUUCUUUCUUAAUUUGUUUGUAUGUCACCUAACCUAACCAGAAAAUAAUAUGUAUCAUCUUGUUCUUUGGUAUUCCCACGUGAAGGUGCAUGUUUCUUUUAAUAUACUUGUUGAUAAGUUAUUGUUCGGCUCUGUUUCUCUGUUCUGUAACAAAUAUCCAACUUA